AUGGCAACGCGCACGCGCCUCGCCAGCGCCUUAGCUCUUUUCGCCCUCCUCGCCCUCGCUGGCCCCGCACUCGCGUCGUCGGGCGACCGCCACCCCUCCUUCAAGCUAUGUACCUCACUGUGCGAAUUAAAGCGGUGUGAGCUUCACCAUCCACCACUCGCAUGGCAUCUUCGCGCACUACUGUGGACAUGCGCGGACGACUGCGCGUACGUCUGCGGGCACCGGCUCACAGACGAGGCCGACGCUGGUCGCGAGAACUACCACCAAUUCUUUGGCAAAUGGGCAUUCCACCGCAUCUUUGGCAUCCAGGAGCCAAUGUCUGUCAUAUUCUCUCUUGGCAACCUCGCUGUCAAUUACCGCGGCCUCCUCAACGUCACCAAGUAUGUGCGUGACGACAACGGGCUGCACCCGUGGCUCAUUGUCGCGGCGCUCGUCCAGAUCAAUACGUGGUUCUGGAGCACCAUCUUCCACAUGCGCGAUCUCCCUCUUACCGAGAAACUCGACUAUUUCUCGGCCAUGACCACUGUAGCAUUCAUGCUACUGUACGCCGUUAUUCGAGUCUUUGGGUUGCAGACACCCAAGUCACGCAGCCCGUACUGCUUCAAGGUCGCCGCGGCGUUUGGAGUCUUUGUCCUCUCGCACUUUGUCUACGUGUCCAGCUUGGCCCUCUUUCCAUACGGCUACCACGUUGGUGUAGCGAUGGUGCUCGGCCUCGUGUCCAAUUCCCUCUGGAUCCUCUGGACUUUGUCAUUCUACAUCCGCAUCCCAACCGUCAAGUUUGGCAACCACGUCCUCACAUGGCCGUACCCCUACCCCCCACGAAACCCGCAGCUGACCGCGCGCCCCAGCCAGGCCAACACGCCCUCAAUCCUUGUCGUGCUCACCAUGCUCGCAAUGUCGCUCGAGAUUCUCGAUUUUGCCCCACUCUGGCGUACCCUAGACGCACAUUCGCUCUGGCACCUCGCCACGAUCCCACUGGGCGAGAUGUGGUGGCGCUUCCUCAUCAAGGACGCCAACGACCUCCAGGUCGCUCAAGGUGGUGGCCGCCUGCCCCUUUCUUCGGCCAGCGGGCUCAAGCAGGCAACGGACUGA